AUGGCCCUUCCUCUUAAGCCAUCACCUGUCCUUUUGCUUGCAGAGUUUGUCCCUGUUGUCAAUUCCAACUAUUCAAUUGUUGUGGUGGGUAUCGCUUUGGCAGGAGGCAGCGUUGUCCUGGUUCAGGAGGCUAAAGCUGCCUGCCGCGGUAGCUGGUACCUACCGGCCGGCCACGUAGAGCGUCAUGAGGAUCUUUUGGUAAUUCACCUUUGUUACCUAGAGUUACAAACCCGAAGUAAUGUUUACCUUAUGAUAAUGUGCAGAAUCGACAAACCUCUUUACGUUGCCAUGAAAAGUAUACUCUCGCAUGUGGUCUAAGCAUGACAGACGUCUUCGCCCUCUUACAUUCCUGUCUUACAUGUAAACUUUGCUAAUUUUAGACCGCCGUUCGUCGUGAAUUCCUGGAGGAAUCAGGACUGAUUUUCGAGCCCUCUGGAUUGAUACUUGUGGAAACCAGUCAAACAAACUGGAUCCGCUUCGUUUUUAUUGGUGAUGUUGUUGGAGGUGAGAAGUUUUGGCCUAGUUUACAUCCCUCUCUAGUGCGCAGACUCUUUUUCCUAUGUGUAUGUUGGUUCCUGUUUAUAUGUCUAUUGGAAAAAAGCAACGCUUUCUGCUGCCUCAUUGUUGUUCUGAUGACGUCGUAAUUGCAGACUUACGAGACUUGUUGAAUUUGUAAGUUACUCCCUAUAGUCACUUUAUUCAGAUCUAGGGCAAACACUUUCUUACAAUCUCCGAGGCACUUAAGUCCUUUCUAUUUGAGGACAAACCAAACAAAUAUCAAAUUGGGUCACAGAAGUCUACAAAGGCUGAAUUACUUAAAGAUUACAGUUGACAGUCAUUAAGGACCGCAUUUCAUGGUCGAUUUUUUGGUAAUGGGCGGCGGUUAUCAAGGUUUUUAACGACCACGCUGAUCUAGGCUGCAAAGUCGACUAAAACAUGCAUACGAGCUCUGCUGAUUCAGAUUUCGAAGAUUUCAGUGAAUUUGUUCACUCACCUUUUCCGGCUUCCGUUCCCCAGCUCAUGCGUGCAUUUGGCAUGCGGAAUAAGCCAGCGGGCAUUUUCGGUGAAGAUGAUAUCAAUAGUUAUUUAAGACUGACGUUCACAUACCUGAUGUGAAUGUGAAAUCGGAAAAUUAGAGUUCUCAUUUGCAACAGAGUUGCAGUCCACAGUUGUUAUGGGCGGUUGUUUGCCCGCAAGCGAUAAAUAAUCGAGAAGUACUACCGACGAAGACGAGGGGGACUAAAGUGCGGAUCCCCGACCUCUCUGUUGUCGUCACCCGGUCACACACCUAACCCAUGGGGGAUUUUAUCCCAAGUCCAUCACUCUGCCAGAUAAGUCACGGGCCCACGCUCCGCUGGUUGUCAUCGCCAUUAGUUAAGUCGCAUGGAAAUGGUGUUCAUCGAUCUGACAUGGUUACAGGAGGGAAUACGCUCAUCGUGUCUUGCGUUCAGGCCAGAGUUUGUAGUCCUAACAGGGAACGUCACAGCAUCGAACAAUAAGGAAUCAUUACCGAUUUGGUAUUAAGCUCUGGCUCGCUGCCGACAGCAAAUACGCUAUGAAUGUCCAUUUCAGCACCCAUUGUCUCUGUCAGCAGAACUUAUGAGCGUCAACUUUCGUCGGCGGCGCAAAGACGGAACGGCAACUAUCGGCAGCCGGGCGUCGCACCGAAGGACUAAAUUGGCGUUUUUCGGUUCGAUUCGGAAGAAGAAGAAUUGGAAGUAGAAGAAAAAAAGAAGGAUACGGACUUUUCCCAUCGGAAUCCCCAAGUGUUUGUAUCGUUCAUUAGAAACGCUGUCUGACAAUAGUACUGGUCUUGAAUAGGUUUUAAUGAGGUCAAUGCAGGUAUAUCGGAAGUCCGUUACUGGUUGUCAGUCACUUAAUCUGUUUGGUCAGAGAACUCUAUUUUCACAAUUGGGUCAAGACAAAUUAGUCUGGCUGGCCUUUGGGCACUGGAACAAUUAACUCAGGGCAACAAUAGCCAGACAGUGCCGAGAUUUCUAGGGGGCCAAUAGAACGUGGUAAGCCAACAGAAAGACCCCCUUCGUGCCUACGCGAUGGUUAGUGUGUAGCGGGGCCGAGCUUCUUUUGGUACUCAUCUUCCUGCAUUCACUUCUCCAUCAUAGGGACUCUUAAGAAGGCGGCCGACAAAGAAUCACUCCAGGCCGCAUGGAUUCCUUUCGGCAAAAUUGAGGAGGCCGAGCUGAAACACGUAAAGGGCCUGCAACUUGAUGACAGCCAUAGUCUGCGUCUGCGAGCGCCCAUCAUGCGCCUCAUCAGUCAGGCCAGCAUGUCACAGGCUUGUAUCAGUCGCCUAGACUUGCCGCCGCCCAGCAUCCUCCCUGUAGACCCAGACAAUCCCUUGACAGGCGUAUUCCUGCGCCUUCUAGUCGAGGUGCGGCAUCAGGCACCACAGACUGCCACCGCCGCUUCCCCUUCCGAGUCCACCAUUGCUGCGACUACAAACGCCCACUAUGUUAUCACAACGAACACCGACUCACGUUUUCCCCUGAUUCGUGUCAAUCACAAAACGAUCAAGCAGGCUAUUCUACGGUUUCUCAAGGUAAGCGUUUUACGAUUGCAUUUCCUAGCAUAUAUACUGCCACCUGUCCUGACAUUGCGUCGUCCCUGUGCCUGUAAUAAAGGUCGAGUAUAGACUGAUGACAAUAAUUACCAGUUUCCGAUCUUUGGUUGGCUAUGGGUAUUGAGCUAUAGCUACGAAGUAGAAUUUCGACAGAAACAGAGACGAACCUUCGUAGAAAGUUAGAAAUACCCGAGUGUCUGUUGUUACUGCAUCUCCUUCUUGUGUUCCAAGCCUAGGACCCCAGAAGUUCCUUGCCGAAUUAAUCUGCCCAGUAGUAGCAUUCGCAACUAAUUUCGUACUUUCAUUUUAGAAGCUGAAUGCGUAGGACGCUACCAGCAAGGCUAAUACAUAUAAUACAUUAUAGCUGGAAGCUCCUGUUGCCUUCAUAUUCUUGAGUAAACCACAGGCGAACGCUAACUCGAAACUUUUAAAUGACUUUUCAGACACAUGCCCGUACUAUUUUGAAAAAUGAAAGAGGUAAAGCUAUCUUUAAAGUCACGUUAAACUAAUCUUCCUUUCGAACGACAGUACAGAACUGCUCCGUCCAUGGAACCGGAAAAUUAUCGGCGAAACUGCCCGUCUGUCAUGCAGCUAAAAAGGCAGUUUGACUUUCUCAGUGCGUUGUAACGGGUAGACCAACAUUCAAGCAUGAGGAUUAUUGUGCUCCCCAGUCAAGAUCAAAGUAGGCGACGUCUGUUCUAUUCCCACAGAUUGCCGAAGAACCCGGAAAUGUACAUAUGCCAAAUUAAUAGGAUUAAUUUCUAGGAGUACAUACUGUGUGUAUGUAAAAAAGGAGAAUCUGAACAGUAAAGAGCGAAAGUAAUAAGUCACUUAUGCCAAUCUACUGGACUUCUGCCGUACGUUGGUAUUCAUGCAAGAAGUAAUAAUGCGCAGUAUGAAAACAACCGUUGUAAGCUUAUUAAGGCUUGCUGCCAUGAUCCUGGUGGCCUUCCUUCUGCAAAGAUGGAAAGCGAUCGGCACAGAAAAAUUUGGUCAUAUGGGAGGGCUCUUUUGUAGUGGUAAAGGGUCUGAUAGUCUGGUCAUCUUCCCCAUACCCUUCAGUUUCUCUUUUAACCAAUAUCAGACGGUUUUCUCGGUACUUUUACUUGCUACAACUAUAAAUAUGCCUGAUUUUGAUUCUUAAAUAAUUUUGGAUUUCCUUUUAUUUUUGGGAUUUAAUAUCAAGAAGGGAAGUAAGGAAGCCAGGUACUUAUGGAUCUUUCUUCAUUCAUCACGCUUGCACCUGUCGAAGUGUUUUUCGGUAUUCCCAUUUUUAAAAAAUUCACCCAAGCCUUGAACCAAUCGGCACGAUCAUCUUGUCUUGCCUUUAUGCUCACUUUUCCAUACACGGCGCCGAUCACAUUUCUUUUGAGGACCACUAAGAUAUUUCCGAAAAUCAGUCUGCGCCACUAUUCUCACUGCUCUUGCCUUUCUUAUAGACGAUAUUCUCAGGACUUGGCUACGAGGUCACUACACGGCCCACUACCUCUCCAAAUCACUUAUUUUGGUCUCCAAAUUCAACAGCCGUCAUCGGAGUUGAGUUUUCCGGGACUCCACGAAAGGCCGUUGAACCCACUGACGGUCUCUGUCUCACCCUUUUCCUUAGCCUCUUACCACCGCCGCUGGGCUCCACAGCGACCACCAAUCAGCAACAUGCAUCGCCCUUCUGGCAGAGUCAGACUACGUGUGCUUUGGCUACGGGCUUUCUCCUGUGUCAUAUCUGGCAUGCAACCGGUAACGUGACCGUCAGCCUUUCGCAACGUGACAAAGGCCUCCUAUUUUCCCUGCCGGACCUUCAUGCGGGCACUUGCUGCCGCAUCUCCCUGCCCAGCUAG